AUGAAGCUGAGGGACUGUGAGGGCCAGCUGCAGGCGGCCAUGCGCGAGUGCGAUGAGAUGAGGAUGGCCAUCAGGGAGAAGAAAGGCCCCUGGUUCGAUGAGGUGAGGGCCAACGUCGAGGCGAGGGUGCGGGACGUCAUGGCGCACAGUCGGGAACUGGAGUCGCAGAUCGAGCAGCACCGGCAGCUGCACCGCGAGCGCCUGCAGGACUUCUCCGCGGAGCGGUCCCGCCUGGCGGGAGAGAUCAAGGCCCUGCGCGAUGGGCUGGCGGACGCGGAGGCAAAGAUAGCGCAGGCAGAGGAAGGUGCUGGCAGAGCCCAGGAUCGCCUCCAGAGCGCGCUCUCCGAGACGGAAGUCCGAGCGCAACAGAUGAACGACCUGCAGGCAGAGAAUCGAGUGCUGGCGGACUCCAUGCGCUCCAUGAGGGAAGAGUGCUCCGAGAUUUGGAUGAAGGAGCAGCGCAUGGUCGCGCAGAUGAAGAGCCUGGAUGCCGCCCUGUCGUCAUCCCGCAAAUCUGAGGAGCAUCUGACGUCACAGCUUGACACCGCGAGGUCUCAACUUGCUACGCAGGUGUCGAUGAACCGCGAUCUCAUGCACCGGAAAGAAGCCGUCGAGUGGGAGCUGAUGGAGACCCAAGCCCAGGCAAAGGACUGCUUUUCAGUUGAGAGCAAAAUAGAUGCACAGCAUGUUUCCGCGCAAGCCCAUGAGCGCUCCACAUGCCAACCAACGCUGGGCCGCACAAUGAUGCACACUUCGUGGCUGCUGCGCAGCUGCGAUCGGGCGGUCGCCCCUGCCCCGUGGCAACGCCCCUCGCAGCCGACCAAGCAGCUGGCUCAGACCCAACACUCGGCGCACGUCCGCAAGCCUCUUCCCACCCCUCGCCCCUUUCAGCUGCGGCACGGGCGAAGCCCCUAG